UAUGAUAUAAAUGGCAUUGUGCGACUGCUGGAGGUUUAUUUAACGCUUCGACGUUGCGAAUGUGUAUUACGAGUUACCAAGCAAAAUUAUAACGGAUAUACGAUUUUCGUUAGUUUAAAAAGUGUAAACCCGUUAACGAUGACUAGAACUGUGUUUUAUUUCUCUUGGUUUUUGGUGUUGAAUCUCUCCACAGCAGCACCAUCAAAACAGUUUGAACGACAAUCGACGUAUCGUGUUCAAGCAAUAACAGGGACGGUCACACCUAAAUAUCCAAUUGAGGAUAUGCAACUAAUGCAACCACAUUAUAUAACACUUGAGGAUUUCGAGUCGUUGCUACGUCGCGCCGGUGAACUCUUUCGACCAAAUGCCUACCUCUCAGAUGAAACAACCACAACGCCGUCACCACAAAAAGGUCCAACACAGCCUUUAGUUAUCGCUACUGGUGUGUCAACGCCUUAUCAGCAAAUUCAACCGCCUGAAGUGCAGCCAUUCAAUUUCUACAUGCCUCUGUUCGAGUAUAAUAAUGGAAAAUUGGAUGGUAAAAGUAAGCGAUUGGAGCACAUUGUUCCGCCGCCAGUACCUGUCAAAGGGCGUGAUCAGACCGACUACUAUGCUGCAAAACCAAAAAAAUUGCCGAAAAAAUUUAACGCGGGCACUAAACAAGUGAAUAUAAAAUGGCUGAAUGCAUUCGAAAAAGAAGCAUUAACUGACCCUAGUGGUCAGUUGCCGAAAGCGGUGUAUUUACUGCACGAUGAACGUAAUCGUAUCAAUUUUGAUGACUCUUUUUUUGGCGUUGAUAUGCAAGUGAAAAUUCCCAAUAAUCAGCUCCAUAAGGAGGAGCAUGUUGAUAGCGUUGGCACAAAUGCGAAUGACGAGUUUCUUAAUCAGGGAGAAGAAGGUGGCGAGGAGGAUUUGGUGGCGGCCGCAGCUGGCCAAGUGGAGUAUACUGUGCCCAAAGUUUAGUACAAGAAUUCAGUCAUAAUUUAUUAUCAUAUUGUAAUACAUCGUACAUACAUAUGUUGUAAAUAUAAACAAUACGUGUGUAGAGCCUUAUUGCAAAUAAAAUCAACACAUUUAAAGUUUCUUGAUUUCGAAAUAUAUACCUAUGACGUUGAAAAAUACUUAAGAACGAUACCCAGUUCUCUCCAUUUGAGACUUUUGCCAAAUCACUUAAAUGUUUUGGAUAUUAGGUUUUGUUUUUAUAAAUUUAAAAUAUUUUUAAUCUG